GGCGGGUAUUCGAGACUAGCAACUGGCUAGGCUGGCACCCAUUGCUCAAGAUCUAGGAAUCAAUAUACAACCUUCUCAGUUCACAGCAUAAAACAUGAGCAUGCCAGUACAUGUACAUGUAGUGUUCCACAACUGCACUGACAUCAACAUCACUCUGUGGCAAGUACAACAAGCUGUGCUCCUUCGUGGAAUAGUUGGAUCAGUAUGCUUUCUGUUCGGACUUCUGGCAUUGAUCUUCGAAAUCAUUUUCCUAUGUCGAAUAAAAGCGAAUUUUCUCCUUCGAUUGUUCUUUUAUCUGACAUUAUCGAGCACUCUCUUCAUUGGCACCUUUGGGCUAGACCUGGUCCACUACUUCUACUAUGGGACAGAUGGUGAAGUAGAUCCUAGGUUCUGUGGGUCUCUGGCCUUCCUUGCAGUCUAUGCUGCAUCCGUCGUCAGUCUCUUUAGUUACUGUAUUGUCUUCUUCUUGUUGAGGAUUGUGUUCAACUGUGCUCAAGUACAAAUGGAGAGGACCAGGGGGACCAGGUGUGGUCGCUGGUGUGUUGCUGAACUUGUAUUUGUUGUAGCCGCCUUCACUCUACCUUUGUUUAUUGAUUGGAUCCCCUUUCUAAAUGAUCACUAUGGCAACAACGCCUGGUCUUAUUGCUGGUUCACGGAUGGUGGUGCCCAAGAUCUCUGUGAUAUGAAUACCACCGUACAGUUGGAUCAAAUACUUCUAUUCUAUGUCCCCAAUUCCAUUGCUGCUCUGUCUUGCUUUGUGUGUGUGAUCAUUCUGAUAGCCUGGGUGAUUCGACUGCGUUGCUAUGUCAAGACGUUAGUGCAUGAAAAACUGAGAGUUAUUUUGAAAGAAAUGUUUCUUUUCGUUGGCUUUAUGUCUGCAUAUUCCAUCACUUGGCUUGUGUUUUUAGUAUCCUCUCUCACCAAACCAUUCGGCUAUUCCGUAUACACAUUCUGGGCUCUCAAGUCUCUAGGCAACCCGCUCAUGACCGCUACUAUACCGUCUUCAUUCUUCUUCUAUCUAUUUGCCAAGUGCUACCCUCGUCGCAAGGUUCGGUCUCAUCGCCGGCUCUACUCUAGUAUUGUUGAUGCCACCACUCCCCCCUCUACUAGAGUGAGUGCUCCCAGUGAAACCACACCAGUGCCUUUCAGCAACAGCGAGGAAUCUACCCUCCUAGUGAACUAACUAUUCGGAAUUAUCGGAAUUAUCGUAUACAGUGAUCACGUUCACUUUAAUUGUGUAUGAUGGAGUGUGUUAAAUUUAUGUCUUAAAGUGUGUUUUAAUGAA